AUGGCGGCUACAAUUGUCAGUUUUCGAUGGUUAGAAAUAUUAGAAAAAGAAUUUGAUAAAAAUUUUGUCGAUUUAGAUUUAUUAAUCGAAGAUUUAGAUGCUGAAGAACCUGAUUUUGUACAUUCUGCCAGGCAAAAAUUAGCAGGAUUAAGCUCAUGUUUUGCUCAGCUAACGCAUAAAGCCCAAACGAUAUUUCAAAAUUCUGCAAAAAUUGAGAAAAAUCAAUUGGAUUGUUUUUAUCCUCGGGUUCAAAGGUUUCGGGAUACGAGCGAUAGUAAUGGUUGUUCAAUUUAUCAAUGA